AAAUAGAUAGAGUUAUAUAAUAAAUUAGUGUAUUCUAUUUUUAUUUUUAUUUUUUUCUUUUUUCUUUUCUUUGUUCCUUUUAUAUACAUUACAUUGAAUGGCACGCUGGACAUUAACAGGUUUAAAAGAGGGUGCUAUUGAUGCCCUGCAAGGCAUAAUCAUCGUUCUUCAGAACCCAAACAUUCGAAAACAACGAUUCUUAAAGAUUUUUAUCUAUCUUUCGAUUAUAUCAUUUAUUUUACUCGGUUUAACAAAUGCCCUCAUUACUAUUCCUAUACGAAUUGCACAGUAUUUUAUAUGGGUAUUUACAAAGGGCGAACAAGUGACAAAGGCACAGACACUGUUGGACUCGGCCUAUCAAUCUAUACAUGAAAUCGUAGCCUCUCUCCCCCUUUUAGCUUUAUUAUUAAUGCGUUACGUAUAUCCAAAACCAUUGGAUGAUUUAUUUAUGGAAUCUCUGCGUUAUUUGGACCAACAAUAUCCUCAACGAAAGCCCUAUGCGACUGUGUUAGAACAACAAAAGUCGAAACGAAAUCAUUGGAUUGAUAUGAAGCAAUAUAUAUCAAGAACUUGGAAAAAGAUAAGAUUAGGGAUUCUAUUACUUUUAUUGUCAAUGUUACCUGUUAUCGGUAAAUUUGUAUUUCCUGCUGCUGGUGCAUAUACUACCUAUAAAGCGUUAGGUAAGACACAGGCCGUUGUAGUGGGUGUUUGUUUCUUUUUCUUACCUCAAUGGGCUACAAUGAAGCUUGUACGUGCCUUGAUUGGUAUGCGAUCUUUAAUGCGUGAAUUAUUAUCACCUUAUUUUAUCAGAAUGCAAAUGUCACAUAAGGAAAAGCGUAGAUGGUUUAGUGGUCGUAAAGAUAGAUUGUUUGGAUUUUCUGCAAUUGCAUAUAUCAUGAUUCGAUUACCUAUGGUUGGCAUUUUAGGUUAUGGUAUUGCCCAAGCAGCUUCAGCUUAUAUGCUAACGAUCGUUACUGAACCUCCCUCUAAGGAAGCUCUAUUUAAAAAGAAGUUGGAUGAACAAGGGAAUAAUGUAGAUGAUUUACGUGAAGUUGAUGAUCAUGAUAAGAUGAAUUAAAUGUAAUAUAUGAUUACGUAAUCAAAAACAAAUAAUAAUAAUAAUAUAGCACAUAGCUACUUUUUGAUGUGUAUCCCCCUCCUCGACUUUUUUUUUUUUUUU